CGAUAAUAUUUCUGAAAUUUAGUCGUCGAUGAUGCUCUUUAACAGCGAAAUAACAACGACACUGGUUCUCGUGGACGGCAGUUCUAGUCUGGUGAGCACAAACAGUAAAACACAGUAAAAAUCAUGCUUUGGCCAAAGCGUGUUGGGAAAACGGCCAUCACAUCUCUCCCAUGGGGCAAAAUGUUUACGUCUGUUUCUUACUCAUGUCUCGCAGUUAACAAUUUCACGACAAGGUAUUCGCGAAGAAUAUUCAGGAGCGAGUUGUCCCUUGGGAGAUUAGCGCAAAUUUUAAUUGAUGGGUUAGCAUUCUGAUCCAGUGGCAAUGGCCCGUACCCUAGCGUACUGGACUAACAAAAAAUGCCGGUCAUCUGUGCAGGCGGUUUCUCAGUUGACUCUUACCCUGGCUUCUUGCGACUUCGCCGCUCGUUAUUGCGGCUUCGCCGCUUCUUAGCGCGCUCAAAUCGUUUAAAAAACGCCAAGCUACGCAGGCUACACACGUCCGAAUACUGAACUCGAAGUAUUGCUAGAGUAGAUCGUGCGAAAGUGUUAUUUCAUUAAUCUCCGUGGCUGUCGUUAUUUUCAAUGCACGUAAUGAAGGUUUUUUAAAGAGGACUACUACGUAACGACUGAGAUUACGGAUGUUUCUCAAAACGAUAGAGGUCAGUCAAAAUCUGGAACUCUUUUCUUGCAUUUUUAUUUGCACGUUUUAAACUUUCUUUUCGUAGGCCUUCCUAUCUUUACUUCAAUACCUCCAUUACUCGUUACCCCAAAAGAGCUCUCUACGCUUCGACAAACUUGCCAAGCUGUAGGGUUUCCACUUCCUGUGUUAAGCUGGACCAGAUUAGGAAUGCCUUUGCCUGUUGACAAGACUGAAGUAAAAGAUGGUAGUCUUACCAUAAAGACACUGAUCCCCGCUGACAGCGGACUGUAUGAAUGUGUGGCAACAAACAGCAUGGGUACAAAGAAAGCUAAGAUGAAUGUGGUUGAACAGAAAGGACCAAGUAAAGAUUGUGAUUGCUGGCGCAGCCGACGACCUGAAAGCCCAAGAUCAUCCUGGCACUAUAGCUACUUCAGUCAAAAGGUUGACGCAAUUGAUUUUCAAACUAAUGGUGACGUCAUCCUCGAGGGAUACCGCCUGUGGGGAGUGAGCNGGCAGGCUCAAAAGGAUAGAAGUUCAUUGAGAUCUGUAACACUUUUGCUGCAUUAUUAUUUGCAUGAUUUAAACAUUCUUUCCGUAGGUCUUCCAAUUUUUACUUCAACUCCUCCAUCACUUGUUACUCCUAAAGAGCUCUCUACUUUUCGACAAACCUGCCAAGCUGUAGGGUUUCCACCUCCUGUGUUAAGCUGGAACAGAUUAGCAAUGCCUAUGCCUGUUGACAAAACUGAAGUAAAAGAUGGUAGUCUGACUAUUAAGAAUCUAAGUCCUGCUGAUGGUGGAGUUUAUGAAUGUGUAGCAACAAACAGCAUGGGCACAAAGAAAGCUAAGAUGAAUGUGGCCGUACAGAAACAACCUAAAGAUUGUGAUUGCUGGCGCAGUCGCAGUCGACGACCUGAAAGUCCAAUUUUUUCAAGAUCAUCCUGGCAAUACUCCAGUCAAACGGUUGACGCAAUUGAUUUUCAAACUAAUGGUGACGUCAUCCUCGAGGGAUACCGUCUGUGGGGAGUGAACAGCGGUUCAACGACCUUUCAGGUCACCAUUCGUUUGUAUCGUGAGAGCUCUUUGGUAGCUGAAAAAACUGGGUCCUACAACACCAGAUCAGGUGUUAAAACAUUUGGAGUGCAUUUCUCACAAGAGAUUUCUAUUCGUGCAGGGCUGUUAUACACCGCAACAGCUCAAAUAACGACAAGUGCACGUUCUUUUUAUCACGAGGAUGGUAUGUCAAGUGCUUCAUGUUCUGGUGUCACAGUUACCUUUAAAUCGUCACCAAAAAGCACCAACGGUUCUAAAGUGAAUCGCGGCCAAAUACCGGGGCUUAUUUUCCGUUCUUCGUCAUGUUAAAAGUGAACUCAACAAUACAGAGUAGAGAUAUACCAUGGAACCCUAGUUUACAACCUGAGACUUUAAUCCUUUUGUACCGACCAUUUAUGACGACUUAAGAUAUUAAAACAAUCAGCCAUGUAUAUAACGAACAACAGUAGUCAUCACAUCAGAUAUGGCAAACAUCGGUCAUAAUCGAGAGUUCUGGAAGCCCAGGAACGAACAUUGCAUAUAAUGAAUACAGAAUUGAAUAAAUUUAAGCCUAGCGGUCGUGAUGACAAAAGACUAAUGAAAUGCUUCUGGCAAGUGAUUGAAAAUCAGUUCAUCACUUAGUUAAUUCAUUCUACUGAUAAUUAUUUACUAAGCCUCCUUCCCCCUCCCGACUUUUGGCGUAAAAUCUGAAUAAUGUUGCUAUUUGAGUGGGAAUUGAUGCUCUACAGGGGGUAGUCAGAAUACUUGUUUGAGAUGUGAGUUCCGUUUAUGGGAAAAUUUAUCUCCUAUAAGAAGCACCGGAAAAUAAAGAUCGUUAUAUUCCAGUUUCA